AGUACAACUCCACACAGAGACAAAGCAUACACUUUAAUUGCUUAGAAAAGGCAAUACAAUGCUUCCUUGAUAGACUGAAAACACAGCUGAAAGAAGAAGCAAUACAAUGUUGUCUAUCUUGAAGGCCUUUGGUUUGACAGAGUUACUGGCUGCAGCAGUAUUGGUAGCAGUCCUUCCUGGUGCUGAUACUUUGAGUAGAGAUGAUUUCCCUUCUGAAUUUGUUUUUGGGGCAUCAACCUCAGCUUACCAGGUUGAAGGCGCAGCAGAUAUAGAUGGGAGGAAGCCAAGCAUAUGGGAUACCUUUGCCCAUGCUGGGAAUGGUAAUAUGUACAGAGGUGAUGGAGAUAUUGCAUGCGACCAAUAUCACAAAUAUAAGGAAGAUGUCCAACUCAUGGCCAACAUGGGCUUAGAUGCCUAUAGAUUUUCCAUUUCAUGGUCAAGGCUGAUUCCAUAUGGAAGAGGCCCAAUCAAUCCCAAGGGACUACAAUACUACAACAACCUUAUAAAUGAACUUAUAGGCCAUGGAAUCCAACCCCAUGUUACAUUACACCAUUGGGACCUGCCACAAAAACUUGAGGACGAAUAUGGAGGAUGGGUUAGCCGAAGAGUUGUGAAAGACUUUACUACAUAUGCAGAUGUGUGCUUCAGAGAAUUUGGUGACAGAGUUAAGUAUUGGACCACAGUGAAUGAGGGUAAUGUGUAUUCCAUGUUUGGCUAUGAUCUGGGAAUGUUACCACCUCAGAGGUGUUCUCCUUCCUUCAUAACUAACUGCUCCAAGGGAAAUUCCUCAACUGAGCCAUAUUUGGUAGCCCAUCAUAUGUUGUUAGCACAUGCUUCAGCUGUUAGAUUGUACAGGAAGAAAUACAAGGGCUUGCAACAUGGCUUUAUUGGGUUUAAUCUCCUUUCCUUUGGUCUUGUUCCUCUAACAAAUAGUAAUGAAGACAUAAGUGCCACUCAAAGGGCCCAAGAUUUCUUGAUCGGGUGGUUUCUUAAUCCCUUUACAUUUGGUGAGUAUCCUGAUUCAAUGAAAAAGAAUGCAGGCUCAAGGCUUCCUUCCUUCACCCAAAAGGAAUCAAAUCUGGUUCAGGGCUCAAUUGACUUCUUAGGAAUAAACUUUUACUACUCAUUUUAUGUUAAGAACAAUCCUAGGAGUCUGCAUAUGGAGGAUAGAGAUUUCAUUGCAGAUAUGUCAGUGGAAUUGCAAGGAUUAACUCAAAACGGUACAUCUCCAUAUGAGAUUCCAAUUACAACCUGGACUUUGCAAGGGGUACUAGACUCAUUGAAGAACAAUUAUGGCGAUUUCCCAAUUUACAUACACGAAAAUGGCCAACAAACACUUCAUAAUUCUUCAUUGGAUGACUGGUCGAGGGUGAAGUACUUGCAUGAAUACAUUGGGAGCAUCGUUGAUGCCCUGAGGAGUGGAUCAAAUGUAAAAGGUUACUUUGUAUGGUCCUUCUUGGAUGCAUUCGAGAUACUUGGGGGAUAUGAACAAAGUUAUGGCCUAUAUUACAUAGAUAUGAAAGAUCCAAGCUUGAAGAGACAGCCUAAGCUCUCUGCUGAAUGGUACUCAAGUUUUCUGAACAAGAAACCUAUGGAUACAAAGUUUGCCAUUGAAAUUGAGAAGAAUUCACCUGUGCUUGCUAGGACUCCCUUACUACAUAUGCCGCUUAAAAGUAAUCUGGAGCUCAUGACAAAUUAAAAUUCAUGAUCUUUUUGUUUAGUGGUCAUAAUUUGCUACUUUGUGCUCCUACCACGUGUGAUGAAUAAAAGGACAUUGCUUUUGUUGGAUAUAAAUUAAAAUACCAAAGUCUAAA